AUGACUGACGAAUAUAAAGCUCUAUUGGCCAACAACACGUGGGAACUUGUCCCCCGACCACCCGAUACACCUGUGAUCCGAUGCAUGUGGCUCUUUAAACACAAAUUUCAUGCUGACGGCUCUUUGGAGCGACAUAAGGCACGUUUGGUUGUUAAUGGCAAAAGCCAAACUGUGGGUGUCGACUGUGAUGAGACCUUUAGCCCUGUAGUAAAACCUACCACCAUUCGCACCGUCCUUAGCCUGGCUGUCUCACGCGGUUGGUCUACACACCAAUUGGAUGUUAAAAAUGCAUUUUUAAACGGUCAUUUAAAAGAAACUGUCUACAUGUUUCAACCACCAGGCUUCACAUCUUCUACUCACCCGAAACAUGUAUGCAAACUAAAUAAAUCUUUAUAUGGUCUAAAACAAGCCCCCAGGGCGUGGUAUCAACGUUUUGCAGGUUAUUUAUUCAAAUGUGGCUUUACUAGCAAUGUGUGCGACACUUCUCUCUUUAUAUAUCACCAUGGAAAUCACUUGGCUUAUCUCUUACUGUACGUGGAUGAUAUCAUUUUAACUGCUUCUAGUAAUGACCUGCUACAGCGUAUCAUACGGUCUCUCACAGCUGAAUUUAAAAUGACCGAUUUGGGGAGUUUACAUCAUUUUUUGGGCAUUGCUGUCACAAAACAGCAUAACGGGUUAUUUUUGUCACAAUCCACUUAUGCAGCUGAUAUCUUGUCUCGAGCGAAUAUGUCAAACUGCAACCACGUUAGUACUCCUGUCGAAGUUGGUUCUAAACUCAGCGCUGAUAGUGGCGCCUCUUUCCCUGAUGGUUCAUUAUAUAGGAGCUUAGCCGGAGCACUUCAGUAUCUAACUAUUACCAGACCAGACAUUGCCUAUGCUGUUCAACAGGUCUGUCUGUUUAUGCACGCUCCUCGGGAACCUCACUUUCAGUUCCUCAAACGGAUCCUUCGUUACAUCAAAGGCACCAUCAACCAAGGUCUAUUAAUUUCACCAUCUAAAUCUACUACGUUGACUGCUUACUCAGACGCCGACUGGGGAGGCUGCCCCGACUCUCGCAGAUCCACCUCCGGCUACUGUGUUUAUUUGGGAUCCAACUUGAUCUCCUGGUCUUCUAAGCGCCAACCCACCAUUUCCAGAUCAAGUGCAGAGGCUGAAUAUCGUGGCGUGGCAAAUACCGUCGCUGAAAUCAGUUGGGUUUGA